GGGCUCGGCUCUCCCGACCCCGAGCUACAGCACCCGCCCCGCGGACGGCGGGAAAUGGUCCCUUCCGGAAGUGACCUCACGGGCGUCCAGCACCGCUUCCGCUUCCGCCGGAAGAGGAGGGCGGAUCCAGCCCACGGCAGUGGAGGGCGAGGGGCCGCCGCCACGAUGGGCCGCGAGUUCGGGCACCUGGCGCGGAUGCGGCAUGUGAUCUCCUACAGCCUGUCUCCCUUCGAACAGCGCGCCUUCCCGCACUACUUCAGCAAGGGCAUCCCCAACGUGCUGCGCCGCACGCAGGCGUCCAUCCUUCGCGUGGUCCCGCCAUUUAUAGGUUUUUACCUUGUCUACACGUGGGGAACCCAGGAAUUUGAGAAAUCCAAGAGGAAGAAUCCAGCCGACUAUGAAAAUGACUCAUGAGCAGCUCACCUAGAACGCGGCCCCUCUUUGGGAGAGGAGUCUGCAGUUGCAUCUCAGAGACUCAAUAAAAUUACUAUGGGCUA